AUGCACUCGCAGGGGAAUGGGCCAUCGUUCACACUGCUCACAGAUUCAGAGCUGCUCAGGAUAUCAUUACUACUUCUGUCCCAGCCACCACAACCCGAUCCUUCACUAUUUGGAAAACAAACAUUCGAUAAAGUUCACGAAUCUGGUCAGCAGAAGUCUACAGCGUCUAGUGUGCACUACCAUCAUCACCACACACCUGCCAAAAGUUGGGGCUAUGCUGGUAUGUGCCCAUACAAGUAA